AUGUUCUCAGAGCGAGGUGCCAUGCACAUUUCUAACGGAGCGGCGGCCGCGAGGUCCACCCAAUCGGGCCCGACGACCACUCAUGACAGAGACAAGGGCCCCUCCGGCCUGCUGCCUUUACCAAUUGGCAGUUUGACGGUUGAACACCUGGUACCCAGGCAUACAUUCAAAGCCCUCAUUGCCGAGUUCUUGACACGCGUAUACCCCCUUCUACCCUUGGUCCAUGUGCCCGACUUUACGUUCCGGUUUGAAGCCGGUGACUAUGAUCGGGAUCCCCGGUUCUUCCGUCUGUGCAUUGCUAUUUGUGCAGUGACUAUGGCCUCCAUUCCGCGACAGGUUGAGACCUAUGCCUGCCAUCUAUAUCAGAAUGCCGGUGAGUUGGUCGAAAGAGCAGCACACGUCGUCCUUACUUGUAGGCUUUCAUCGGAUAUGUCUUGGCAACAAAAGCCGACCGUCAAUGACAUGCUCGUGUCUGUGAUGCUUUCCAUGGCGGCCCAUUAUGCCGAAUGGGCGCAUAUAGGGUGGGCAUAUGCGAGUGAGGCGACACAUGCCUUUCGCGGCCUAGAGCUGUACAGGCGUGAGGCUUACACUGAUAUGACCAUGGUUGAGUCCGAGUUGUGCAAACGCGCCUUUUGGCUCAUGUAUAUUAUGCAAAUACAUGAUCGCCUCUCUCACAUCACUCCUCAUACCAGCCCAUGUUACGAGCCAAUGCGUACAGACUGGGAUUUUAUGCUUCCCAUCGAGAUAUCUGACUCGGAUCUUGAACCUAGCCGGGGCUCCAAUUCAGACGCUGACAUAUAUCAUGAUUGUCGGCCGGCCAUAUCCGGAUUUAUUGCGCUCAUCAAGGUCUUUCUGUGCGUUGCAGAAGUAUCGUGCCAACAAGUUCCGGGGCCAAAGACUGCCAAUGCACUAAGCACAAACGUAAAUGGUCCUCACACUUCAUCGGCCCUCCAAUCAGAAGUCCGAUCUUCUAUCCGGCGGCGCGAGACACUGCUCAAUGUUGUUACAAGGCUACAAAAAGUCUUGGAGGAAUUGCCAGACGAGUUGAGCCUACCCUCAAAUCAUCCUUCUUCAGAUUCGGCUGGUACCGAGGAGGAAGACAAGUCUGUUAUUGGCCAUCAAUACGCUGUCAUGCGGGUCAACAUUCACGUCACAAGCCUCUACCUUCAGUCAACUCUGCUCGAUAUAUGCCUAGGCUCAGCCGCUGAGCCACUGGAGCACGGAAACACAGCCUCCGUGACCGACAAAACAUUUCCAGGCUCGCCAAACGACCCAAGACCGUCUACGACCGGUAGCCACGGGACACUCUGGGACCUGAGAGAAAAUAUCGUCAGUGAGCUUCUACAUGUACUUGAGCACUCGACAACAAAAGCACUAGAGUCUAAUGGGCUAUCCAUCAUUGUGAAAAUAAGGGAGAUAGCAGCAUCGCUGCUUGUGGAAGAUGACAAUUACAACACCACUAACAAUGUUGAAGACAAGAGUCAAUACUAUAUCUCGCAAUUUGCGGAUAUUUUGGCGAGACUUGAUUAUCUCUCCAGAACAAAGCAAGAAUCGAGUGUAAUGAACAGAGAUUCCGCACAGGCUGGCCGAGAUAUCUUAAGGUAG